UGUCUGCAUUUCCCGCAAAAAUUAUUCAGGACGCUGCAGAACAUUGUGCACAGGCGGCUGUUCAAACGGUGUCUUCUUUUUCAGCAACUGAACUUAUUCUUGUUAACCGUGCUGCUCUGAAAGCAUCAAGGAGUCUGAAAGAGAAGAGUUGUGUCCACUACAGCAAUGUUUGGGAGGAGAAGUGGCCUGUUUUCUGCUAUUCAUGAGCGUCGGGUGUGGGGAGCCUCGGACAAGCAUGGCGGGAAAGGAACCACGAGAGGAAAGUUGGACAGUGUCAUCAAUGGGUUCGUGUGUGCCCGAGGGGACGAGUAUGAAAUGGAUGGAUUUGAAUAUGGAACGGUGUGUCCUCCAUUUGCAGCUGGCUUCUGCAAAGUGCCUGGCCAGGAGCAUGUACUGUGUGUCUGUGACGAGGAUGGGUUCAUUCGACUCUAUUGUACAAAGCAUGACAAGUGCCAUGGCCAGCUUUCACAAUGGACAGGACAUGGCAAUGCCAUCUUUGAUCUCGAAUGGUCACCUCACCAAGGCAUCAUGGUGACAGCCUCGGGUGACCAGACAGCUCGGAUAUGGGACAUGGAGUCCACCAAUCUGAUGGGGGUGUUCAAGGGGCACACAUGUAGUGUCAAGUCUGCAUCUUUCAGGACAAAUGACAAAUGGGUUUUCUGCACAGGAGCCAGAGAUGGGAAUAUCUUGGUUUGGGAUGGGAGAUGCAAUCAUAACGAUGGGUACUACAGACCAGUGAAUUCCAUCCGCAAUGCUCACACACUACGGAUGCCAUCCACACCACGUCCCAAAAAGAAGAGAAAGGUUGAUGCUGCUACGUCCAACCCUCAGCAAGAUUCCCAACAGAGUGUGACCUGUGUGGUGUACCAGGAUGAAAACACGAUAGUCUCAGCAGGCAGUGUGGACGGUACCAUCAAGCUGUGGGACAUGAGGAAGAACUACACGGCCUACCAGUGCACACCCAUCCCCAAACACAGCUUCCAGUAUCCAGGAACACGUGUCCGGAGGAGAGGUUUCUCCUCCCUAGUUGUGGAUUCAGCAGGUACAAGACUGUUUGCCAGUUGUACAGACAGUACAGUCUACAUGUACAACUGUCACAGCAUGGAAACCCAGCCUGUGGCAACAUUCACAGGACACACCUGCUCCAGCUUCUAUGUGAGAUGUGCCCUGAGCCCUUGCGAAGAAUACCUGAUCAGUGGCUCCAGUGAUAACAGUGCCUACAUUUGGAAGGUCAAUGACCCCGAGGCAUGCCCAUGGAAGUUGACAGGUCACAGUGGGGAAGUGACAGCUGUGGCGUGGUGUCAGGAUGACUUUACUAAGCUGAUCACAUGUUCUGAUGACAACACCAUGAGAGUCUGGAGACACCAGCCUCCGACAGAUAAAGAACGGGAUCCCAAUGAUGUUGUAGGAGACGUACAGAGAGUUGUCAGGACACCACAGAAGUCUGCAGGCACCUGGAAAUCUGAGACAUUGGACAGCGGCAUCAGGACUGUUGGAAUAGGAAGCCCAAGAAUGGCUACAACUGUGUCCAACAAGGGUCCCACUGCCAAUGCUGCCUCUCCUAAACAUGCAGCAGGUGCAUCCCCUAACACUGAAGCUGUGGCUACGGCAGGCCUGCCAACACCAGCAAAUGAACAAUCCAAAACAUCUGGAAAUUCUGACCCUGCAAAGGUAUCUAGGCCACAGCCUGCCAUCACUCAAUGGCUGAUGUCUGCUAAAUGUUCAAAACAGACAGAUGCAAAGGAGAACAGAACCAAGCAGAUCAAUGUUGAAGAUGCUAGACUUUCUGAUGGGGAGAUAGAUAAAGAGCAAAGACAUGCUUUGUCUCCCGUGAAAAACACUUCUUUAGAAAAUAAAGGUGGAAAAGACAGCAGAGGAAGUAAUGGAGUCCAGGGAUUGGUGACAAAGGGAAGAGCAGAAAAGAGUAGUGACAGCCCGAGCACCUGCCAGAGAAAGCUUUUGACAGAAUUUAUCUCUGAGGAGAAAGAAUGCACAAUUAAAAACUCAAACCAGACUACUACAGAGUUAUCAGAAAUGCAGGAUGUUCUGAAGCAGUUUGACUCACCAACGGCAAACCUUCCAAACUACGUUGUGGAUGGCUUCUAUACAAGGGUACCAAGCCUGACACGCACAGACUCCGACAAGGAAAAUGGACAGCAGGGUCAAAGACAAAACUGGCUUCUACAGCUCAGCUUGCAAAAGAGAAAAGAGGGUGUAAAGGAAGAAAAGAGAGGAUCGGCUAUUAAAAAGAGGAAAAUCAGUGUGAAAAGUACAGCAAGUAGUCCUCCGAAAGAUAAGGUUUCUGUGUCCCCUGCUGCCACAUCAGAACCAAGCUCAAUUCGUUCCUUCUUCUCCCCUCAACGAAGUGAUAUGACUCAGGAAAAGCAUAAACAGCACCCAGCUGCAGUGUCGUCAACUACUGAGAAACACACAAUAUAUAACAGUCAAUAACUGAAGGCUUUAAUAGCAACAUCAGUAGUUCUUAAUUCUUCUUCAAUGCAUACCAACAAAUCAUGUCAUUUUAUAAGAAAAGUCUGUUAUGAUUCUUUUAUUGCAGAACCUAAGAAAGCUAUUUUGUCAUGAGAAAAGUGGCAAGCAAGGUCGGAAACUUCUCGUGAUCAAUGUAAACCAUUGCAGUAAGUUAGUUCAAACAUGAUGCAAUAAGUUGGUUGAAGCACUUAUUAAAACAUGUCCUAUAUGGUAUAAAUACCAGUAUUGAUACA